AUGUGUGAUUAGUCUAACCUUGGUGCUAUAUUACAUUGAUCAUGAACAACAUAUUUAGACACAACCAGACAUACUAAUCUAGCUGUCAAUUGGCUUAUCCCAUCGCUGCUGCGUGCUGAUUGGCUGUUUUAUUAGCGUAUGGCGUAGGUGCAGUGCGGCUUAUUUGGAGAUGUCUAAUGGAGCUCUUUGACUGAUGUAUUUUCUAGUAGAUUAUAUCAGUUGUAUAUUGGAUUGAAAUAAGAAGCUAUUGUGGAUUAUAUAAAUGAAUUACCAUAGCUAGAUGGAAUACUACUUGCUAUGGAUAUGUAAACUGCAGGAUUCCAUAGGCUGACUUAUUCAGGGACAUUGAACACUUAUCAUAUAAAUUCCCAGGUCUAUCAACAUGUCUGAUAACAGUGAGAAUGGAGUAGAGAGUGACACUGAGAAUUCCUCUGUAUGCCGAGAUUUCUUGCGUAAUGUCUGUCGCAGAGGUAAACGUUGUAAGUACCGGCACCCUGAAAACAAAAACUCAACCACUCUAAGCAAAGUAGCAGAGCUUACAUUUUGUCAUGACUACCAAAACACUGGCUGUAGACGUGUCUCGUGUAAGUUUCUUCAUUGUACACGGGAAGAGGAGGAGUAUUACAAACAGACUGGUCAACUUCCUGUUCGCCUGCAGCAAGCGGCCGCAUUGGGCAUUGGUAUAGUACCCACGGAGAACGCACCAGCCCCUGGGGAGGUCCCCAUAUGUAAAGACUACUUAAAAGGCGAAUGCAAACGUGGUGUUAGGUGCAAAUACAGACAUUUGAAAUUGGCGGAGUAUGAAUAUGAACUGCGUAGAAAAGAUCGCGUAGCUAAUAGACUCCCGCCAUUGAACAGUAGGUUUGAUACUUUUAAUGAAGACUUAGAGGCUAAGAUUGAGAGACUCGAUAGACUAGAUAGAUUUGAACAGGACUUUUUAACAUUAAAACGUAAGCGUAUUGAAUUGGAUGAGUAUGAUCUUUAUGACCGCUAUGCUAGCCCACCGAACCUUCGUUCUCUAACAGACUACCAGCUUUUGGAAGAAGAGAAUCUAAUGUUGAGACGAAAAAUUGAUGACUUAAAGAAGCAAGUGUCUGACCUAACUGCCACGAAUGACGUGCUGUUGGAACAAAAUGCACGAUAUCGCACGAGCAAAGCUAAUCAGUUAUUGCAGGGUCUACAGGUCCAAUCAGUGUCUGUACCUCAGCCCCCUACUGUUACUAUGGUAACGGUAUGCGAGGCUGUUACCCCCACUGUGGCCCCGGCCCCUGUGGUACAGCGUAGUGGUGGCCCACAGCCCCUCAGUGUACUAAACAGUCAACUUCCGCACGUUACCUUGACAACCCCUGACUUGGCUCAACAGACUUCGCUACAACAGCAUCUUGCUCAAGAGCUGAACCAGCAGCAGGCCGGCGCUAUCAACGUCACUGCUAUUAACCCACCUCCCUGCUCUAUAAGUGGAUCCAUACCCCCUGUGUCAGUAUCUAUGGCACAGCAGAUUGCUACUGUCUCAAUCGCACCUGUGUCUAUGUCUCAGAAUAUGCCACGGCAAAACAUGGCCCAGGCUAUCAAUUGUAGCAUGCCCAGUCGUGGGAUUAACUGUAGCGUGCCUAGCAGUGUCAUAGCAGCAACUUAUGCCAUGGACCCUAUAACAUCACACAGUCUUACUAACAUGAGAACUGAAUAUUCCAGGACUUAAUCUUCUAUACUGUCAUGAGACACCACAUAUAUGACACACCCUGUACUGUAUAAAUUCUGCUCAAUUUGAGUGCUAAAACAAAAUCCAAUUUCCCCAAUAUUAGUAAUAAGAGAGAAUUUCCUUAUGAGUUUAAAAAGAGCUUUUUAUUGGAAUUUUUUCUUGUAAUGAGGAUAAUUCCGCUAAAGCUUUAGAGUGAAUAUUAUUGCCAGUGAAUAGCACUUCGUGAUAGCGAAUACAUAAUUGGAUACUUAAUUCCACAAAUUGGGAUAUGAGGCGAACUGUUUCAUUGAAAAGUUGAUUAAUCAUCUUGCUGAAAGAUAUUAUGAUAGAAGCCACGUCUUGGGAAUAAAUGUGCAACUAUAUUAAGCUCUAUUCAUCAAUUCAGGAUGAUUCUGUGUUACAUUCAUAAUCUUAUUCUGUUCUAUUGGGAGAUGUGAAACUAAUUGAAACUUAUAGGGUCACUAUUAUCUGACCAUAUCAUUACUUCUAAGGGAUUAAAUUGUUAAUUAAGUCGGGCAGAGAGGGAUGACUUUGGGAUUGCUUUGUACAUGAUGUCAGUCUGUAAACCUUUGCAAAGACCCAAGCAGUCUCCACAUGACCUACCUGAAUUAGCCAGAUUACACAUUCUACCUUGUUGACCUUAAUUAGUUACAUUUCUUAUUCCACACUGAUUACCUUAAUUGUUCAAAUUACUUAUUCUAUCUGUCUACAUGUACCUCACCAUUCUGAGCAAUUUUCAAGUGAUUUUGGCCUUUUUUGGGCCAAAGUUGUCAAAAGUGAAACCCCCUGGAAUUUUUCAAAAAAGUGAAAUCCCUUGGCAAAUCCUUUCUUGGUCGUGGUUGAAAUU